AUGGCAUCGUGCUGCAGUGUUACCUCUUUAAUGGCACUAACACUGCUAGGCUGCUUAGUUGGGACAAAGGUAGAAGCUCAAGACUUAAAAUUUCCUGCAUCAUAUCAACCACUGAAGAAGGUACCACCAGUUCCUGGUCCACCAGCGUUUCCUCAAUAUCCUUCUCCGCCACAGGUUCAACCUCCUUGGCCACCAAAGAUUCCUCAAUAUCCUACUCCACCACAGGUUCAACCUCCUUGGCCACCAAAGGUUCCUCAAUAUCCUACUCCACCACAGGUUCAACAGCCUUCGCCACCAAAGGUUCCUCAAUAUCCUACUCCGCCACAGGUUCAACAGCCUUCGCCACCAAAGGUUCCUCAAUAUCCUACUCCGCCACAGGUUCAACAGCCUUCGCCACCAAAGGUUCCUCAAUAUCCUUCUCCACCACAGGUUCAACCUCCUUGGCCACCAAAGGUUCCUCAAUAUCCUACUCCGCCACAGGUUCAACAGCCUUCGCCACCAAGGGUUCCUCAAUAUCCUUCUCCACCACAGGUUCAACAGCCUUCGCCACCAAGGGUUCCUCAAUAUCCUUCUCCACCACAGGUUCAGCAGCCUUCGCCACCAAGGGUUCCUCAGUAUCCUUCUGUACCACAGGUUCAACAGCCUUCACCACCAAGGGUUCCUCAAUAUCCUUCUCCACCACAGGUUCAACAGCCUUCGCCACCGAGGGUUCCUCAAUAUCCUUCUCCACCACAGGUUCAACCACCUUGGCCACCAAAGGUUCUUCAAUAUCCUCAAGUGCCACAGGUCCAACCUCCUCCAUCAAUAAAUGUUCCACCUAAGGUUCCUCAAUAUCCUCAAGUGCCAAAGGUCCAACCUCCUCUACUACCACCAAAGGUUCCACAUAUGGUUCCUCGAUAUCCUCAAGUGCCACAGGUCCAACCUCCUCCAUCAAUAAAGGUUCCACCUAAGGUUCCUCAAUAUCCUCAAGGGCCAAUCACUCCAUCGCCACACGUACAGACUUGUGAUGUGGGAGAUGCCCAGAAAGUCCCAUGUGGAGGUUUAAAUGUCACUACUGCUGCUGCAUGUCAAGCAAUUAGCUGCUGCUUUGAUGGCCAACAGUGCUACUUUGGAAAAGCAGUGACCGUCCAGUGCACUAAGGAUGCCCAGUUCAUUGUGGUAGUAGCCAGAGAUGCCACUCUUCCCACCCUUGACCUCAGUUCAGUCAUACUUUUGGGACAAGGUCAAGGCUGUACAUAUGUUGACUCUAAUUCACAAUUUGCCAUCUACCAGUUUCCUGUUACUGCCUGUGGCUCUGUUGUUAUGGAGGAACCUGGUGUUAUAAUCUAUCAGAACAGGAUGUCCUCUUCAUAUGAAGUAGGAGUUGGGCCUCUUGGAUCCAUUACCAGGGACAGCCACUAUGAUUUGAUCUUCCAGUGUAGGUACAUUGGCACUUCUGUUCAAACUGUGGUUGUACAAGUAUUACCAAUACUAGAUCCUCCUCUACCAGUUGCUGCUCUGGGACCCAUCAGAGUACAACUGAGGUUGGCUAACGGACAAUGCUAUACAAAGGGUUGUAAUGAAGUGGAUGCAGCCUAUAGCUCUUUCUAUACAACAGAAGACUAUCCUGUGACCAAAGUACUGAGGGACCCUGUGUAUGUGGAGGUUGAACUCACUGAAAAGACAGAUCCAAAACUUGUCCUGACUCUUGGUCGCUGUUGGACAACCACAACCUCAAACCCUCACAGUCUGCCCCAGUGGGAUAUUCUGAUAAACGGGUAA